CUCAGGUAGCUCCCGUCUGUCAGCAGGUGAGGAAGGACAACGAGCUAGAAACAGAACAGUGCCAAAAACCUGACAACAAUGACUUUACUAUUUCUGUAGCAGUAAUAUGAUCUGAGGGGACAUAGAAGGCACCAUGGUGAACUUAGGAGUAUGUUGUGCCAGCCUCAAGGACAACAAAGCCUUGAUGAAAAUGGGGCUGGGGCUGGUACUGGUGGGCCACGUCAACUUUCUUCUCGGAGCGCUGGUGCACGGUGCUGUGCUCAGACACAUCAAUGUGCACGCUCAGGCCCGGACUAUGGUGUACGCCAUCUCCAAUGUCAUUGCCAUUGUGGCAGGCCUGGUGGGAAUUAUUAGUGGAAUAACGGGCAUCAUCCUCUCCAAAAACAAGAAAAGCAGGAUCCUGCAGUGGGUCCUGUUGGUCUUCAGCUUCUUUUCUGGUCUCCUGGCAGUUGCCUCCACUUUAGGCUUGUCAGUGUCUAUGGUGAAAGCCAUAUUAAAUAAAGGAUGGGGCCUGCUAACGCACUGCAAGUUUUCUGACAGUGAUGUUGGCUCUUCGAGCGUCACCUACGAGUGUCCCUUUGACCCCACCCGCAUCUAUGGGACAACAAUCAUUCUGUGGGUGCCGCUCAUCUUGAUGUCUAUUGUGGAAACAGUGUUUUCCUUCCGCUGCUUUGCUGCCAGCACUUCAUUCCUCUACCUCUGCCCGUGCGUUAGGAGGAGGCCGAUCCGGCCUAAGAGGGUGCGUAUCAAGAGAAGCGUUGAAACCCCGACACCACUUCCAGCACGAGAUCCAGAGACUGAUGCUGAAGCCGAGCCUGUAGAGCAGGACGGCCUGCUGGACAGCAGCACUGCGGUGGAGCAGAGUGAAUGGCUGUGAAGCGGCUAAGCCUAAUUAGAUUGGUUGCAAAGUGCUGAGCUCAGCUGGAUAAAAUGCAAUGUCAUCUUUGUGUUAUAGUAGUCUGUUACACCUUAAAUGUCCAAAGAAGGCAUUUGUUGGACUUCAGCUAGCAAAGGGAAAGACCUUUUAUUUCCCUCUGUCAAAAUGUAUCUGAUAAAUAUGCUGGUUUGGUUUGAAAUUUUCUGACUUUGUUUGUAUUGAUGUCUUGAAAAUACAGAGCUGCCUCUUGUA